UCUCCAAUGUUCUCUUAACCUCGAAUUUCGCUAAAAAAUUUCGUUUUCGAAAUGGUGUAGAUUUUUCAACAUUUUCGCGAGAAUUUGAGGGUCUUCAUACAUGGGCUUCCUGUGACUCGAAGGCUCUGCCACGCACCCUCCCCUCCCCCUGAUGCUAGGUCUCCCGCCAAAAUAUAAUGGCGCCUCUGUUGUUAAAGCACGUCGUUCGUUUCAGCUCCCAGGAUAGCACGAGUGGAAAAGUCGAAAACCUGCUAAAAUCUCAGACAGUUCCGUCAGCCGGUCGGUGGACGUGCUCGAAGGAGGGUUGUUGUGAUCAAUUGGAAGCCGAAUUCCAGUUGGAGAGAGCCUCUCGUAUCAGCCAUGUUGAUAUCGGGAACUAUGGGUCUGCAUUUGUUGAAGUUCUAGUGGGUAACUCUAUGUGGACUCCAAAAAAGGAUUUUGUGUCUUUGAUCCCCUCUGCCAUGUUAAUGACACCUGGUGAUUGCAAACAAUGGAAUCAAACCAAGUCUGUUCGCAUGUUCCACGGAGAUUCCUUAAACCAGAAAACACUUUCCGAGUUAUGGGACCGCAUUCGAGUUAUUUGCAGACAGCCGUUCAGAAAAGACAAACAAUUUGGGCUGUCAUUCAUUCGCAUCCUAGCCCCAGAUUCUCAGGACAAAUCUUCACCCUUGCUUCAAAGUGAUAGCAAUAAGCAGUUUGCAGAAAAUGUCAGCAAUUGUGUGAGACAAGAUGAGGUUGAGGAUACCUCCCCUGCCUUGAAGCAUCUUCUGAGCCGACAUUUCAAAAAGAGUCCUGAUGGGCAAAAUGCUCUCAACCGUGGAAGCAAAAUGCUGCAAGCAGCUUUAGAUAAACCCAGAACACCACAACCAAACAGUAAUCCCAAGAGAUCACUAGAAAUGGUUGAUUCUUAUUAUGGAGAUCCAGACAAUUUAAGAUGUGAUGAUCUCUUUGGAUGGAGAGGAAUCAACCCAUGGCUAGAAACAGGACCACUGCAAGGUGGAGACAAAUCUUUAAAAGCAAAUCAAGCCACAUCAGAAUUACCAGAUAAGAAAUGGAGCCUAAAUGGAGAUAUUGAAGAUGAAACUGAAUGUUUCCUUGAUGGGAUUGACUUUUCCAAAGUGGACAUGGAAACAGUUACCUACUCUGAUCUACGAUCACAGAUGGAAGCUCAGAGAGAGUGUAGACUUACAAAGGCAGAGAAGAAAAUAUUUCUCAAGAUGGCAAAAGACGUUGUUAGUAAAGUCAUGGAAAAACUUGAGACCAAAGCCAAUGACCGCGUGGAAUCACCAAGUGAAAGCACAAGGUCCUCGAAAAAGGACCCAGAUAAAGUGUCACCACUAUCAAGGAUAAAGUCACCAGCAACCUCUCGAGUCAGUCUUGAUAGCGAUAGUGACGAUGGUAACGAUUUGCCAUCAGUCUUUACUAAGACAAAACCAGUAUGGAAACCCCCAAUAACAACACCACAAGUCAACAGCGACAGCGAGGAGGAAGACCUGCCUUCUUAUUUAUCGACAAAUUCGCAGGAUACGAAAAUCAGAACACAUAAGAGAAUAGCUGAUAACAACUCAAAAAUUUCGUGCAGAUCGAAAGUUGAUUCCCAAAACUGUGGAACACCCAGUAAACGUACAAAGCAAACGAAAGAUGAGACGUCUAGGCCUGACAGCGACUAUGAUUAUGACACUAUUGAUGUCAGUUUGUCUCAAAGAGCACGCGCUACCAAACAGCCACAAACUUUAGCGUCAGAUGAUGAUUUAAAUGAAAGUCCUUUCACUCCGAAAAGGUAUGGUACUAGCUAUUCGUCCAAUCAACGUAUUCUACAAAGAAAGUCACCUCAAGAAAGUGACUCAGACGACGAUCCGUCCGUCUUGUCAAAUGAACCCUCGUCUAAAAGGGCAUCGGUGUAUGAAAGCACUUCAUGCACCAGAACAGUCAUAUCUGAUUCUGACGAUGAAGUACCAUCUAAGAAUAAUUUCUCUCAGUCCGCGAAGGCUCAGAGAAACGGGGAGCUAUCUGACUCAGACAAUGAUUUGCCACCAGUUCUGUCUAGACAACCACCCACAGAACCAUUAAAGAAGGAAAAUGUAAAGAUGUCCCGAUUCAAAGAGCUUACUGCAAAAACUACAAAGUCCUCAAUGGGAAAAGGCUCAUCGUCUUUGAGUGCCUCAUCAGCUUCGUCUAAUCCAAGUUUACCAUCUUCUUUGUACUAUGAGCCUCCCCUGCAAAGAAAUGCAAAAAGUGAUGCCCCAAUUGUUGGUUCAAGCUCAGCUAGUGAGUGCCAUGUCGAGUGCCCAAUUUGUGGUCAGCUAUUUUUAGAUUAUUUGAUUGAAGAGCAUGCUUCCAGAUACACUGACUUCGCCCCAUGUUCUCCACCACAUCAGUCUUCACCUGAAGAACUCGUUGAUUGCCCGAUCUGUAUCAAGAGAUUGCCCCGAAGUGCGAUUGCUGAGCAUGCAAACUUAUGCGCUGAAAGGAGCCUAACCUCGAGUUCUCACGAGGAUGGGGCAAUAACAUUAGUUUAAAGGGAAGCUAAGGAUUCCACUUGAAACGACCAUUAGAAUUCCUCGGAGAUAGUGUAGAAUUUUUAAAAUUGGGAUGUGAUAUAAACAGUUGCAGCCAUUAUAAACUUGGGAAAGGGUCUCAGUCAAUGUAGCUACAUACGUUAUUAUAAGUUCAUUUAGUAGCGCAUGUAUUUUUAAAGGUUCCCUCGUGUCGUAUGUCGGUGUUUCUUUCAUGUAUCUAUCGGAUGACCAAGAGAACAAAGACUGAUUUGGAAUUCUCCAGGCUAGCUCUUUUUUCUCUUAUUAUUGCGGGUUAUUAAGAGAGCCGUGACUCAUGGAAAUUUCACCAUUUUAACUCCACCUGUAUUAGCGUAGAUUAAAGCGGCGUUAUUCACCAGUUUACUUCCGAUGGGCCGACAGAAAACUCAACCCACAAGAAACAAAAGAAUCUAUUAAAAUCCGCGCUAUUUAACAGGCCAUUUGCUCUAAAUUAUCAGUCAAAUCCUCAAAGAAACUUCUAAUUUUUCGUUUUCGCUUCCGUUAAAAAUCAUCGGAGGUGAACAAGUGACAUAUGGCCGCUUUCACUUGUUUUAAUUUAGUUUAACUUGUUGCUUGGGCUUUUUAACUGUGUCCCUCUAUUAGCGUAGAUUAACAUUUUUAAUUUUUUUUUCAAAGUUCGUAUUAAUAUUUUUAAAGUUCGUGUAUUUUAAAAAUAUCUUAUAUCUGAUUUGAAAAACGAUAAGCUAAAUUCGGAGUACGGCCUGAGUUUCAGUAAGCAAUUGAAGGUUUUAAAACACUCACUAUCAAAAGUUGUGUGAAUAAGACGCGACUUGGCUUUCGAAAUUUUGUGCAUGGAUGAUUUGGAUUAUUAGAUUCUGAUAAAAAUUGUGUUGGCUGAGCUUUGGUGUCAGGUUCACUAAACUUAGUGGGCGCUUCCUGUUAGCAGUAGCUUAACCCACCGUCUUUUAGAUGGAGUCAUGUAUUUCUUAUGUAUUUCCGUGUAUUUUUCUAUUUUGUCUGUUUUUGACACCUAACCAAGCGAUGCCAGUUAUCAAGCUUAUAAUUAACGAAUGAAGGGAUUUACCACCGUUCCGGCUCUGAGCUUUAACAACUCUAUUUCUUUUUAUGACUGGAAAUGAAUUGAGGCUUCUUAAUUGUAUACUUAUAUUUCAAUAUAUUCUAAAAGGCAAACUGCUUUCGUCUGUAAUUAUGUUUUAAUUAAAAGAGAAAAUAGACCUGAA